AUGGUCGCUGCGAAAGGCGAAAGCGCCCAAGCUCUCCUGAGCCACGCCGUCAAGUCGCAUAAUAUCACUGUAUCCGACAAGGAGCUUCGGCGUCUGUUGUCAGACCCCAAGCAUGGUCAUGCUUUCGCCGAAUGGGCGCUGGCCCAUCUGGGACCGUCCAAUUUGCUCACUGCGAAUGAACUAGAGUUGUAUCAUGCGUUGGACCAAAGCGGUGAUGUUGACAGUCUGUGCGCGAUACAUGACCUGGCUGAAGUACGGGCCAUCACCGAUGAUGACCUCGAGAGGGCCAUUAUGGAACUAAAAUCCUCGACUGAGGCUAUCGUUCAGCAGACAGAGACUAUGAAGCAGCAAAAAGAAGCGAUGGCUCGUCUCAUGCAGAGGACGGCAGAAAGCGAGGCGCGUCGGCGCGACUUUGAGUUCUCGAGACAAAGACGUAUAGAAGCCGAGCGCAAGCACAUCGCAGCAGAGGUUGAAGAUCUAUCGCAGAGCCUUGGAUAUCGGAUCUCAGAUCUGGAGCAACAAGGCGACGAUUCCGGAAAGACCAUUAGCCACAUUCUCAAGGACUUGCUAGCCUCGGAUGACAAACUAUUGAGAAGCUUGCAAAAACUUGGCCGGGAGCUCAAGCAGCAAGAUCCCAAAGAGGAUCAUAAAAGUGAUAAGCUGCGCGACAUUUGCAUGCGAUACAUCAAGAAUACCGUCGAAACGUUGCGAACAAGGCUGGACAGGAUAUACCUUGACAAGUUGAACGAGCGUGACCAUGGAGGGCAAUCAAACGUCGUUUCCAGCACAGAGGUGGAAGCUUUGCGCGAGGAGGUAGAAUCACUGUACUCAGAGAUCCUGCCUGUGGCGCAGAUGUCUGUGGAGCAGCAGUAUCUAGAGCCUACUUUGCAGCUCAUGUCCUCGCGAGGAGGACAAUCACUGGGCCGAUCGGCCUCAGCUGUGUCCUAUGUACACGACUGCCUUGAUUACCUCUUGGGGCGCACAGACCUACUCUGUGGCCGACUUGAAGAGCUCGUUUCACAUCAAACUGCCACGGCGUCACUUCUUGCGACGGCAAAGGAAGAGUUAUCGACGUCGACGGAGCCACCCCGUCGAAUGACGCCGGAACAGCCCGCCGUGUCACCUGUUCGACCCAGAGCAUAUACCACCAAAGGAGGCGGGCGGAGGCGGUCUUCUGCCGUAAUUGAGGAGCCACCAAUUGAUACGCUGCUUCAGACACUGGCGCUCUACAUUGACGAUGACACAAGUCACCAAGAACAAAUCCAGUCACUCUCAAAGGCGUUGGCCGACCGCUCGGCAAAAGCAAGCGACGUCGCGCACAGUACCCACGAGAGCUUUGAAGCGACGGCCACGAAGUAUCUGGAUGACCUUCAGCGUGCUGUUCAGAUCGUUGAGGAUGGCGUGUUUGCUGAGACAUCAUUUGGCAAUGUCAAGCUGAUGGAUCCUGAAAUGGAAGAGUCCAUCGCCUUCUUGUCAAGCGAGACACAACAGAUCAAAUCCAGGCUUGAUCAGUGCAACACAAAGAAGGGAGACGGGAAAAGCGAGAAAAAGGAAGACAUGGUGCGACGAUGGGGUUAA